AUGGAGGAUCAAGUUAACAACAGCGAUUCUCUUCUAUCCUUUUCUUUAGAAAAGGAAAUUUCAAAUUUGUAUAAAAAAGAUGAUUAUAUGAAACACUGUCUUGUUAGAAAUAAUAUAGAGCCAAUAGCAUUAGAUGAUGAAGUUCAUAUUUUAAAAAGGGAGGAACAAAAAACAUUUAAUUUAACAGAUAUUUUAAAAUCACUAGAAAAUAAAAAAGAAAAUGAUACGGAAAAAUCUGAUGUUAUUUUUCCAGAAUAUGUGGAACAUAGGCAAGUUGAAGAAGAUAUAAAGGAAGAAGUGGAUAGAAUAAAUAAUGGUGUAUAUUUACACGAAGUUAAUAUAAUAGAUAAUUCAUAUUAUGAUUCUUUCUCUGAUAACUUAUAUGAUACUUAUUCUAAUCCAAUAAACAUAAAAGGUGAUAUGUACAUAAAAAAUAUUGUACAUUUUGAAGAUCAAUCUCCAUAUAAUUCUUUGUAUGAUAUAUAUAAAGUAGAAUGGUUUUUAGGCUUAGAUAUAAAUGAUAAUCGGAUACAUGAAAUUGUACCUAUAAGUCAAGGAAUGUGUUUUCAAAUUCCUUUUGAAUCCUUAGGGAAAUAUAUUUUUUGUAAAGCAUAUAGACGUAUAUAUGUAAAUUCUUGUAUUCAAAAAAAAGAAAAACAUACAGUCAUAGAUCCUCACACUUUGAAUACUAAACCUGUUAAAUUUAAAGCAGAUCCAGAAUACGUAGAAAAAUAUGCAAUUACAAAUAAAGGUCCGGUUUUAAUUUCUAUAGAUAUUGCUUUUAAAAUUUUAACUUAUUUAUGUACUAAUCAUUAUUCUACACAAGUAAUUAUUGAAGAUCCUUUAGAAAAUUUGUAUAAGUUAUCUAAUUCUUCAUCUUCAGAUGAUGACUGCACAAUUACAACGGACUCCAACACUAUAAAUGAACAAAAUAAUUAUCAGCAGUUUGUCGCUACUUUAUCGGUGCAUUUUAAUGAACUGAAAUUUUCCCUUGUAACUGCUUAUGCUAACAACGAAAGAGGGGAAUCGGGUAGGCAUACGAAUAAUGUGCAGAGUAACGAAAUGGCAAACCAAAUGAUAAAUCAGAAAAAAGAAAAUGUUCAAACUAAAUUUUUCGAUUUGUUUAAUUUCGUUGGUAAUGACCCUGCUUUGACACUAUCAGACAGUGGAACUAUGUAUGGUCACUGUACAUACGAGUUAGAUGAAAAACGAGUAAAUCAAAAAGGUAAAAGUGGAACAAUAAAAGGGAAAAUAAAAUAUACAAAUGGACUGGAGCAGGACAAAAUAAAAUAUACAAAUGGACAAGAAGACGAGAAAAUAAAUUGUAAAAAGGGUAACACGAAAGAAUCUCGCACAGAUGAGUUCGUCUUCAAUUUACAUGAACUGGAGUUCCGACUUUCUAGUAAAGAGGACUGCAUAGUAAUAAGUAUUGCAAGUAAUUUACAAAAAUCAUUCAAAUUUGUAAAAUAUAAGAUGCUAACUAUCAAACCAGUAGACAAAAACAUUUCUGUAAGUGAUUUAUGGGUCAUAUUACUAGCUUUUAAAUCUGCACGUUCAUAUAAAAAAAUUUUUCAAAAAUAUUCAAAGAGAAUAUACACAAAUACGAACAUUUCGUUUGUUCAGCAUAUGAUAAAUAAUUACUUAAUUAAAUUAAAUGUAAAAAAUGUAAGUGGGACUUUGCCGUUUCACAAAAUAAACACAAUAUUCAACUAG